AUUUGAGGACAGUCUCUGAUUAGGAGUGGGUUUAUUAUUCUUCUCUUAUUGCAUAUUUAAAAAAGCAAAACAUACACUUUUACAUACACAUUCACCCACAUUUGAAGAUGCAAGAUGAAGAAACAUACAUGACCUUGAAUAUACAGUCGAAGAAAAGGAGUUCUAUCCGAACAUUUCAAUUUAAAUGUCAAGACUGUUCUGUGAUGUCACACCGAUAUAAAAUCUUAUUGGGGAUAUCUGGAGGACUAAAUGGUAUUCUAGUUUUGGCUUUGAUCACCCUGAGUCUGUUAGUUUCUCAGGAAGUGCUGCCAAAAUGCCUAAAAGAAUAUGAUUCAAACAUCACCCAGCAUGAUGAUACUGGAUACUCGGAAGUCAAUAGUGACAGAAGAGGCAAUAUACAUAAGAAAGAUGCAGGCCACUGUGUUUCAAGAGCUACAGGUCAUAAAGGAAUGUGCUCAUCAGAAUGGCUGAACUAUCAAGAAAAGUGCUAUUGGUUCUCUAAUGAGAUGAAAAGUUGGAGUGACAGUUAUAGAUAUUGUUUGGGGGAAAAAUCUCAUCUACUAAUUAUUCAGAACCAACUUGAACUGGCUUUUAUACAGAAAACUCUAAAACAAUCAAACUAUGUGUGGAUUGGGCUUAACUUUACUUCCCUGAAAAGAACAUGGACCUGGGUGGAUGAUUCUCCUUUGGAUUCAAAGAUAUUUUUCAUAAAAGGACCGGCUCAAGAAAAUAGCUGUGCUGCCAUCAAGGAAAACGGAAUUUACUCUGAAACUUGCAACAGUGUUUUCAAAUGGAUUUGCCAAUAUUAAAAUUUUAAAAGUGACAGUGAGUUAUCAAGGAUCAAAGUUUUGAUCUAACAUGAAUCUUUAGGAAUAAGAAUUUAAAAUUGCAAUUAAACACCAACCUGGCUUCUCUAUUUUCCCUCAGUCAUGUUCAUGGGUCCUAGUCACAGAGUAACUCAUGUUAACAGUCUAAAAUAUACCCUCUGAUUCUUUGUGUGAUAAUAUAAUCUAAAGUGAACCUGUACAUUUAUAUUCAUGAUGUAAUUCACCUUUUCUUUUACAACAAAUGUGAACAAAUUAUAUCUGCUUUUC